AUGAUAAGAGGAAUUGUACCAACGACAUUGGGUAAUGCUUCUUUCAUUAGAAAAUUAGGACUGAGAUGGAAAUCCAAGUCAGUUUCAUCGUCUAGAUGGUUAAAUCGCCAAAAAAAAGAUUCGCAUACGAAGGAAUCCAAAUUGCAGAACUUUAGGUCAAGGGCAGCAUUCAAAUUGAUCGAGAUUGAUGAUAAAUACAGAUUAUUCAAUAGAAAGUCCAAAAAUAUAGUGGAUUUAGGCUUUGCGCCUGGCGCAUGGACUCAAGUUGCGAUUGAACGUACCAAAUCUUUGAACAUUAAUGCUAAUAUAAUAGGCGUUGACUUAAUCAAUUGUAGCCCUCCCGAAGGAGCAAGCUUCAUACAAGGAAAUAUAUUGUCGAAACAGACACAUAACAAUAUUAAAGAAUUCUUUAAUAAUAAUAAAAACCACAGUGAAUGUGAAGAAAAACCUGUUGACUUAAUAAUAAGCGACAUGAUGGCUAACACGUCUGGCAUCAAGGAUAACGACCAUUAUGCUAGUAUGGAGUUAUGUGAUGGGGCAUUGAUACUAGCGAGUGCGUUAUUGAAUAAGAAUGGCAGCAUGGUAAUGAAAUUUUAUACCGGAAAGGAAGAUAGUUUACUAAAAGAGAAGUUACAAAAAAUGUUUCAUAAAGUAUUCAAAAUGAAGCCUUCAGCGUGCAGGGAUGAACUGAGAGAAAUGUAUUACAUUGGAGUAAGGAAAAAGAAUAAUACUAUAGAUACUUCUGAUCUAUUUAGUUAA